GUAUAAUUGCAAGCGAGCCUUAAUGUUCUCCAACGAGGCAGAUUCAGAAGAAUCCCCAACACUUAACUUAAGGCUUCCCCUAAUCCAUCUCCAUAGGGAUCCCUCAACCCUAUGCGCCCCGCCAAUAUAAAGGGAACCUUGACGCAUACGCUUGAGGGAUUUUUUCCACGGGGAUGACUUGGGGAGGGGUCUAAUUAACAGAGGGACGAUUAUAACUUCUGCGUCGUCCCCGAGCACUCCGCCACCUCAGACUGCGCCACCAAAGGCUCCAGCGGACCCUCCCAGCAC